AUGUCUUCACCUCCCGAUCAAUCAUCUCAACCAUAUCCCCUUUCCUCCCUCUCACAAUCACACAUCUCACCACCAAAACAACCUUCCUCACCAAUCUCAGCCCACUCUGCUACCUUCCAACCCCACUUCCAUUCAACCCACGAGCUCCAUCCAAUCCCAUCUCACCUAUCUCGGAAUUCUCGUAGAUCCCAUCUAUCCCAUCUGUCUGAAACAUCUCAACUAUCACGUAUCUUCCAAGCAUUAAGUCACGUACAAUCUCAUGAAGAUCCUGAACUUCCUCGUCCACCUAGACAACCAUCUCCUCCUCAACCAGGUGACAACGUACCUCCUCCAUCUGACGAAGUCACACAUUCUCGAUUAACAGCUCAUUAUUGUGGUCUUGUACUUGCUUCGAUGCUCGGCUGUUUGAUUCGAUUGGGAUUAGAAGCUUUAGGGAAUUAUGAUGGUAAGAUCGUCUUUGAAUUAUUAUGGGCGCAAGGUGUUGGUUGUGGGAUUAUGGGAUUUGCAUUAGGUAGAAAGAAUGAAAUAAUAGCUAUAUAUCCCCCUUUAUAUACGUUUUUCACAACGGGUGUAGCUGGUUCAGUCACAACUUUUUCUUCUUGGAUGUUGGAAGGUUAUUUAGCUUUUUCAAAUUCUAAUGUAUAUGAUAGAAAAGGUUUACAUGAUACAGUGGACGGGGUAGCUUAUUCCCUCACCACUUUCACAGUUUCCCUCUCUUGUUUAAUAUUUGGAGAACAUUUAGCUUCUAUCCUUCCACCUUUACCUUCUCAUCUUCUCCCCGGUGUUAUCCCCAUGGAAGAAAUCACAUUUCAAAAUUCACCUCAAUCAUCUCGAUACUUAAGUUCCACACCUCUCCUAGAUUCCCUCACUAUCUUAUCUUCUUUAUUAUCUUAUCUCAUCAUUCUCCUUCUUUACUUUUUCGCUCCUCAUUCAUGGCGUCAUAAAGUUUUAUUCCCACUUCUAUUUUCUCCACCAGGUGCUAUACUCCGUUUUUUUUUAUCCCGUCUUAACACAUUCCCACCAUUCAUUGAUCGAUUUCCUAUAGGAACUUUCCUUUCCAACAUCCCCGCUACUCUUUUAGUGGCAGGUAUGUUUGCGGUACAACGAAGACCGAUUAAUCCAGUAGGAUGUAGGGCGGCAUAUGGUGUUCAACAAGGUUUGUGUGGAUGUUGGAGUACGGUGAGUACUUUCGUAGUUGAAAGUAGAGCGAUAAGACGGAAAAGAUGGAGAUGGUUUUAUGUUUUGUUUAGUGUGGUAGUAGGGCAUUUGUGUGUUUUGUUCGUGGUGGGUGGGACGGGAUGGUCAGAGGGUUAUUUGGAUCAAUGUGUGGGUUGA